AUGGAAGCUGUCUGGAUUUCAAAGAACUAUGGUGGCGAUUUGUGCCUACAAUUCACAUACACUUGCAUCCGAGUUCUCGAUAGUAGACUUGCUCAUGCAAGCAAGAAGGAUAAAGUACAUCGUCAUCGGCAGGCCGAGGCUAGACGACACCAGCCUUUCAACGCCGUGUAUGACACCGGAGAAGAACUGUUACUCGGAACAUGCGACACUAGAGGGGUCGGCGGCGUCUGCGUUCUCGUCAACACGAGUUUGUCCAUGAACAUCGAUUCAUUCGAACAACUUACAACCUGA